UAAAGAAUCAAAUGCAAAAAUCAUGAAAAUGGCCUUUUUGAUGAUUAUAUUGUUACAUAAUUUGAUUUGGAUGAUUGUUCUGAUGAGCACAUGCAAUGCAUCCAGGGAAGUACCAUCUCUGUCUCCGUCUCCGUCUCCAUCUCCAAAAUUUUUAGCCAUUCUUGUGUUUGGUGAUUCAACAAUGGAUACUGGAAAUAACGAUUAUAUUCAAACAAUAGCAAAGGCAAAUUUCAUGCCAUACGGGAUUGAUUAUCCGGGAAAAAUUCCAACAGGGAGGUUUUCAAAUGGAAGACUUAUUCCUGAUUUCUUGGCUUCUUAUUUAAGACUUAAAGAGGCAGUUCCUCCAUUCUUGGACCCAGAACUCUCUGAUAAUGAACUCGUCACAGGUGUCAAUUUCGCUUCUGCAGCUUCAGGAUUCGACGAGUCGACCAAUCUUGAAUAUAACAUCCUACCAAUUUCUAAGCAAAUUGAUAACUUCAGGAAUUACAUUGCAAGGUUAAACAAAAUUGUUGGCGAAGAAAAGGCCAGAACCAUAAUUAAUAAUGCUUUAGUAGUUAUUGGAGCAGGAACUAAUGAUGUAUCAGGAAAGGCCGAGGAAAAUGACAUUAAGUACCAUGAUGUUUUGCUGAACAAGACACAAACAUGCAUAAAGGAAUUGUAUGAUCUUGGUUGUCGAUAUAUGAUAAUAUCUGGUCUCCCUCCGCUCGGUUGCCUCCCUAGUCGCAGGAGUCAGAAACUUGAUAUAGAUGGGAAAUGCUUGGAGGAUCUAAAUGCAUAUGCUUUAUCUUACAACCAAAAGCUUAUUAAGUUAUUGUCUGAAAUGCAAGCAAUGGUUGCAGGAAGCAAAAUUCGUUAUGUAGAUGUGUAUCAACAAGUAAUGGACAUGGUCAAUAACCCACAGAGAUAUGGAUUUGUGGAAACAAAAAAGAUUUGUUGUGGGACUGGACUUUAUGAACUGUCAUUUCUUUGCAAUCCAAUCACAGUGACAUGUGGAAAACAAAAUCAGUUCUUGUUUUUUGAUUCAACCCAUCCAAGUCAAACAUGCUACCUUUACCUUUCUAGAUACAUACAGAAAGAGGUUCUUCCCAAGUUAAUGUAGCGAUCAGUUAAGACUACUUGUUUAUAU